UCCACACCUGUGAUGCACAGGGUCAAAAUGCCUCCCUCUACACAACUGACAUCUGUAGUUCAUGGUUCUGUCUGCGUAACCGCCAACUCUUAUCACGAACAGGAAAUUCUUUCUGUUUCCUCCAGUUGAUUGUCAAAAGGUUCUGGAACAUUUGCCGUUUUCAGAAGAGCAAUGAGCUGCAAACACAGUCUCUUAUUUUUAUUCCUCUGUGGCUUUGCUGCACUCUCUGUCUCAACAAAGAUAUGUGGAAAAGAGCUACUAGAAGGAAUGUCCUGCACCAUCCAACUGCCAAAGAAAAACAUUGACAAAUCUAAAGAGAUCAAAUGGGUCCAUGUCUCUAGCGGUGACUUAUUUCACUGGAAUAAUGGGAAGAUCAAGAAAAACACUCUAGGUGCAAAGAUGGAAGAAGAUGGAUCACUAACAUUUGAAAGUGUUAGUCUGAAGAACAGCGGCAAAUAUACAUACACUGUUUUUAAUGCUGAAGGUACACAGACUGAUGUUGGAGAAAACGAAAUUAAAGUUUAUGCAAAGCCUCCUAAACCUACUGUGAAGAUCAGCUGCAAAAAUGGGAACGCUACUCUCACCUGUGAGACUGAAGACCAUACAGAUCUGACAGUAUCCUGGUAUAAAGAAGGCAAAAUCAUCCAGAAUUACAAAACACCUCAACUGUUCUUGAUUUUUAUUCAAGUACAGGAGAAUAAACCGUACUCAUGCAGCGUAAGCAAUCCUGUAAAGAGCAGUGAGCAAAGUGACAGCGUUCCAGUAUCAUGUCAAAAACAUAAAGGCCUUAGUUUUGAUAAACUCUUUGGCUUUGAUUUCUGGAUCAUGGUGAGCAUUUUAGCAGGUGGAGGAGCCCUUCUGCUGCUGCUGAUAUGUGUUCUGGUCAUCUGUGCGUGUCGAAGAUGUAACCAGCGAAAGAAAGAACAAGAUGAAGAUGAGCUCAGGCUGAGAGUUUUUCCAGAUGAAGGUCAUACCGGUACAGCCAGAUCCAAACACACUGCUAGGGGGCAACCGGCGCCCCCCGUCCCGCAAGAAGACCCAUCUCCACAAACCCCAACUCAAACCGAGACUCAGCCCAAAGCCCAGACCCGUGGUCGACCUCCUCCACCGCCUGAGGACGACGAGGAAUAUCCUCCUCCCUUACCUCGGCCGAGGAAUAAACAACAACGCAAGAGACAUGAAGAGCCGUACCGACCAAUGGAAUGAGAUGCUUGUAUGUUCACUGAAAGACAGUAACUUGAGGCCUUAAUGGAAUCAUUUUCAUGAUCCAUACUGUGAUGCUAAGAGUGUAAUUUUAAGAAAUAGCAUGGUAAAAAUGAAAUUUGGUCAUGUACUCACCAUCAUGUUCUUCCAAACUUGUAUAGUUUUCUUUAUUUUCUUCAAACACCAAAGGAGGUCUUAGGCAGAAAGUCAAAGUGGUUCUUGUCCAUACAGGGAAAGAGAUGGUGAUUUAUAUUUAAGCUCCAUAAACAAUAGUCCUUAAGACUUGUGUGCUAUACUCAAAGUCUUCUGAGGGCGAUUUAUGUAAUGAUUUACAAUGCAAAAUAUUGACAACCAAAAGAUACCUUCUUUUUGUUUUUUUUUGGUUUGAAAUCAAAAAAACGUACAUAAUGAGUGAGUACAUCUUCCAAGCGGUGUUUUGCCUUAGUCUAAAUCACCGUAAGCCUCUAAUAAUUAUUUAUAAUUUAAAGUUAUCGGGGUGGAUUUCCAGGGAAACUGCAUAAUUUCAUCCUUACUCUGUUUACAUCAUAUUCGUAAAUAAAGGAAAGCAAUCAGAAGUCAGAAUAUUACUAUAUUAAUAAGUGGAUGUAGCUUGAAGUAACAACUGAAUAUUGAACCAAAAAGGGAAUGCUAAAGUAUCUGUAAUAAAACAAGAAUCAACAUACUUUAUACAAUCAAUAGGCAAUAAGAAUUAAUAUACAACAAUGUUUAUGUUGGUAACAAUACCAAUCCCUAAAGCAAUUACCACUUUGAUCUGUUUGUUAUGGAAGCCCGUUUCUGCCACUGAAUACAAAAGGAAAUUGCUACUUUUUAUCUCACAAUUCAGCCUUUUUUUCCUAGCAAUUCUGAAUGACACAAUCAGCCGAAGCACAACUCAAGUGUUCAAAACAAUGUUACUCCGCGAGUAACCUCUAGAGUUGUCUAGCUUUCAAAUAAUAGAAUACAGUGAAUAACGACUUAAAUUUAAGUCUGUUUAUGAGGUGAACCGUGGGACCCGACCAGAUUUCUUGCGACGCGGGAUUAAAUCCCCAAAUAAAACGCGGUAGCGGUCGGUAAAUCUGGUGUCAUUUGAACGGGAGCGGGCGGUCUAACAAUAUCCUGUUCCUGACUUCCUUUCAGAACAGCAUAUCUGCGCUUUAUUCUCAUCGACCACCGGUACAGCCUGCACUCAGGACUGUUAUGCAUGCGCUGCAGGCAUGAACCAAUGCUUCAUUUAAUUUAUGGGGUCUGUGUUUCAGUAUGUGCAUAACGAUGCUCAGAGCAGGCUGUAGCCUACCGGUGGUAAAUAUACGGCCCUCAGACAGAACAGGCAGGUUGUCGAUGAGUGACAGAGCAGAAUAAGGAUGGAGCAAAGUGUGGAUGAGCUGUCCUUGAAGAACGUUCAACUCUGUUUGGUUUAUAUUUUGCUUAGCCUAUAAUUUUAAAUGGCAGAUGUCGUAUUUAUUUAUUUUUCUCUGUGACACUUUUCCUACUGUGUUAACAGCAAUAUGUUAAACAAAUUUUGUAUUUUGACAAGACGAAUAAAAUAGCUUACAGGCUAUUUUUGUACAACGUA